AUGCGUGUCUGGGCCAGCUUCUUCAUCGCCAGCGCUGCCGUCGUCUCCAGCUUUGCCCUCGUUUCGGCUGUAGACCAGGAAUGCGCUGGUCAGCCCAAGUGCAUUGGCAUCCACCACGACAUUGUCGAAGAUUACACCGACGCCUGCCACGAGUUCCUUACGAUCGCCCAUUAUCACAAGUGCUGCAACGACAAGUGCGGCAACAACGGUGGCAACAAUGGUGGCAACAACGGUGGCAACAACGGUGGCAACAAAGGUGGCAACAAAGGUGGCAACCACCGUGGCAACCACCGUGGCAACCACCGUGGCAACAACGAUGGCAACGACGAUGGCAAGAAGGAGAAGGAGGAGGAUGACAAGAAUGAUGACAAGAAGGACAAGUCUCACUCUAAGGGGAACUCUGAUUCGGAUGAGAAGACGAAAAGGUACUUGCGCAAGUUGUAG